UUUGAUAGGUGGGCCUCUGCAAACAAGGAGCAAAUAGAUAGAUGGUGCAGCAGCACAAUGAGACCUUUAGCUGGCCGGCUUCAGAUAAGUCUCCACCUCUUCUUUAUAUGCUGGAGGGCUAUGACAGCAAGCAGAUAAGGACAUGCCUGCAAAGGUAGCAGCAGGCAGGUUUGUGGUACUGGGAAGGGAGGUGGAGCCAGGCUGGAUCAUAAAGGGUGUGUGUGUGUGUGUGUGUGUGUGUGUGUGUGUGUGUGUGUGUGUGUGGUUGGGGGGUGCAGCCAGGCGCACAAGUGUGAAGAGCAUUGGUGAUUUUUCACAGCAAGAAGAGAGACAGGAAGUGUUCUCGUCAGCUGUGCAUGUGUGAGUGUGUGUGGGGGGGGGAAAUGAGCGUCUAACAAAAGUCGAGCCGGCACAACAAAAGGCAGACAUGAGCGUGGAGGCAGGAGGCCAGCAGCAAUACGUGUCCACCUUCAGGAUACACCUCAAGUCGCCUCAUGCUCGGAACGGGCCUAGAAGCGCUAAUGCAAGGACUUUGGACUCAGGUGAGACUGCUGGUCUCCUUCCCUCCUCCAAGCCCGCAGACCCGCCCGUUUUUGUGCAGCCUGUGCAGGACUGCUGCGUGGACGAAGGUGAUGACAUCACGCUGCGCGGCGUCAUCUCUGGGAGUCGACCCGUCAAAGUGACGUGGUUACACAAUGGUGAGGCGGCACGUUUCGGGAUUCCGACCCUGAAUGGAGGCGAGGUGAGCUUUGCCGUGCAGGAGUGCUUGCCCGAGGACGCCGGCGCUUACACCUGCUUGGCGGAAAACGCGGCGGGAAAAACUUCCUGCUGUGCUGCUGUCUUUGUCAGAGACUUUGAAACUAUUCACGGCGUGCAGACAACCAAGAGCAUGAUGGGAAACGGGAAGCCACUGCACACUCCUGGAGAAAAGCUGGAGAAUCCCAGAGGGUCCACUUGCACCUCACCUACCAUCACCCAUCUGCAGAGUCCCGUCUCUUCUCCACGAGAGGUUGUCCCUAAGAAGAGAGCCAACUCCGCAACAGGUCCAGUGUUGCGCUUCGAGAAGCCUCCGCAGCACGUGGAGGUGAAGGCGGGACAUCCUGCACGCGUCACAUGCCGGUUCACCUGCAGCCCCCCCGUGGUGUCCUGUUGGAUCCAAAACAAAGAGCAGAUAGCAGCCGGUCCUGAGGUGUGGACGGAGAAUUCGGACGACAGCAGCACAUUGGUUCUGGCUGAGGCUGGAGUCCAGCACACAGGCCGCUACACUGUGGUAGUGAAGGACCGCAAGAGCUCGGCCCAACACACACUCACACUCUCUGUCAUAGACAGGCCGCAGCCCCCCGCCUCCUGCCCGCUGGUGUCCCUCCUGUCCUCCAGAAGCCUGGUGCUUUCCUGGUCGGGCCCCUCCUACGACGGGGGCAGCGCCGUCUUGGGCUACGUGGUGGAGGUCAAGAAAGGACGGGACUGGACCGAGCUGACGGCUCAGUGUAAGAACACGUCUUACAGGGUGUGUGCAGGCCUGCAGCCCGGGGAGGAGUGCUGCUUCAGGGUGAGGGCCUACAACACGGUGGGGGUCAGUGAACCAGGACCGCCAUCACCUGUGGUCACCAUGGACGACAAGGGUUCUGAUUCCGCACCACAAGAGGAGGAGGAGGCCCCCCAGGCCUUGGAGGUCAUCAUAGACCGCGCACACAAAGUCACAGACCACUACGAUGUGCAGGAGAAGCUGGGAAUGGGGAAGUUUGGCCUGGUGUUCAAGCUGAGGCACCAAGAGAGCGGCCGCGUGUGCGCGGGGAAGUUCUACAAAGGGCGUCGCACCAAGGAGAGGGAGGCCGCCCGCAAAGAGAUCGAGCUGAUGAACAAGCUCCACCAUCCCAAGCUUGUCCGCUGCCUGGCCGCCUACGACCACAAGCCGGAAAUGGUCAUGGUCAUGGAGUUCAUCGCAGGCGGAGAACUCUUCGAGCGCAUCGUGGACGACAGCUUCGAGCACACGGAGCCCGCCAGCGUGCGCUACAUGCAGCAGAUCCUGCAGGGCGUCUCCUUCAUGCACCGGCAGAGCAUCGUCCACCUGGACCUCAAACCUGAGAACAUUGUGUGCGUGGACACCACCGGCACCGCCAUCAAGAUCAUCGACUUUGGACUUGCCACUCAACUCGAUAACAGGAGCCCUCUGAAGGUGAUGCAGGGGACUCCAGAGUUUGUCGCCCCCGAGGUGAUCAACUACGAGCCUGUGUGCUUGGCCACUGACAUGUGGAGCAUCGGGGUCAUCUGCUACAUCCUACUAAGUGGUGAGUCGCCCUUCCAGGGAAGCAGCGAUGCCGACACCCUGGCCUUGGUCACCGCAGCUCAGUGGGAGUUUGACGAGGAGAGCUUUGAGGAGAUCACUGACGAGGCCAAACAUUUCAUCAGCUCGUUGCUGGAGAAAGAUCCCAGGCGACGGAUGGCAUGCGAAGAAGCCCUGGCUCACCCCUGGAUGGCGGCCUUUGACUCAGAAGACCCCGCCUGCACCAGGAGUCUUCCCAAGGAGAAGAUGAAAAGGUUCCUCGCCAGGCAGAAAUGGAAGAAAGCAGGCAAGGCCAUGCUGGCGUUGAAGAGAAUGACCUUGCUGAGCAAAGGGGACGGCUCUGCUUCACCCACCAGCCCAGCAGAAGACUCCCCGCUGACACCGGAGACAGAAGAUGCCCUUAUAUCUCUGGAGCGCAAGAUGCAGGGCCCACCCGACUUUACCAAGACCCUGCAGGACCAGACGGUCUCUGUAGGAUCCAGUGCCCACCUCUCCUGUCACCUCACGGGAUAUCCUGACCCAGAUGUGGUAUGGCUGUGCGGGGGGGAGCCUGUGGAAGAGUCGCCCGCCGUCCGGAUCGAGUACGAGGAAGACGGACGCUGCACGUUGAUCCUGGCCAAAGUCGGGCCGCACGACGCCAACUUUUACACCUGCAAAGCCACCAACCAGCACGGAGAGACCUUCUGCUCGGCAUCGCUUGUCGUCCGAAAUCCACGUUAAAAUUUUGCUUGUACAGUUUUGAUGCAGAUAAAAAUAUACUGUGUAAACAUCAUGGUGUGCUUUGAAUUGUGGAAGUCUGUUCUAACAAGAAAUUAGGAUGAUUUUGUAGAUUUUAGUAGAAAAAAUACAUUU